AUGAUACCGCCGAUGAGCCAAACCCUAGAUGACAAGGAUCUCGACGACGAAGCUCUGUGGGCCGUAAUUGAUUCCGCCGUCGCAUCGUCGUCUUCCGCCGCUAAAUCUCUCAAAGCCGUCCCACCUCGAAACUAUAAUAAUCGCUUUCAUUCUCCAAAACUGAAGUUUCCAAUCAUUUCAAAGUUUACCUCUUCAUCGCCAUCAUCCAGCAGCAGAACCCCAAGAAGCCAUCUAAUAGCCAACGGGGAGGUACUGCAGGAGGAGAGUUACACUCUCCAACGCCCGCAGAAGAUAGCCAGGUUAUGUCUCUCUGAAACAACUUCUCCUCCUGCUCCUCUUGUUAUGGUGAAGCACGUGCAGCGCACGCCGACCACGCCAUCCUCGAGUUGUUCGGAGUAUCCGAUUCAGAGUCCUACAAAUAAUUGUUCUUCUGAUUGUUCGGUGAUGACACAUAGCUUGUCUGGUCGAUUCCCUACUGUUGCUCUCUUCAAAGAAUACCAGAAUGCUGCUAUGGCGAUUCUGGAGAAGGGUGACUAUACUCUAAUCUCUGGGAAUCCUUUCAUCAAAAAGUCUGGUUGGAGAAAGAUAUCAUGUUUUUUCAACAUCUCUUAUGAAAUUAAAGAUAAGAGUAUAGAGUUUGAUGAUAAUCGUAAUGUUCAGCGUGCUGAAUUCAUYGUUCGGGCACAUAUGCAAGGGGGUAGGUUYUCGGAUGGAUGGGGAUCAUGUGAUAGACGUGAGAAGAAAUUUAUAAAACCAAAUCACGAUAUUCCUAGCACGGCUGAAACCAGGGCAAAAAAUAAAGCAUGCCAGGACCUGCUAGGGAUUGGAGAGUACCGUCCUGGUGUCGGUGGUCAGAGAUAAAUAAAAGAAACCAACUUCAUGCCAUACAUAUAUGGUUAAAAUCGACUGGUCUCAAUAUASACACACACUUUGUGACCCGACUCCAAAGCUCACCAAUGUUUUUAAGAGUUAUCUAACGACUAGUUGACAACUUUAGCCGUAGGAUGUGCAGUAACUGUAAUUUGGGUCGAAAAUCAGCCGCUAGCCUACAAGGCAAAAUGGUCAUUUUGUACUCAUCAUUCAUUACUGGUUAUGGUGU